CCUUUUGUUCAACACCAACUACCAUUUCUUUGUCUUAUAAGUUGUGCUUGAUUGACACAAAACUAAAAAUCGAAUACAUAUAACUUUUGAAUAUUUGAAAAAAAAAAAAAUCAUAAUCAAUUCAAUUAAGAUGGAUCAUGAAAUAAUUAUAAAAGCCAUGCAGGCUAUGCACUGGAAUUCUGCUUCGGAAAUACCCAUGGCCAAUGAAGAGAACCGCUUGAUAUUGGAUGAAAUUCGAGCAUUGCAGGAAAAAAAGGAAGAGACUUUGGAAUAUCAGCAACAAACUGAAGAACGUUUAAAAAAAUUGCAUGAGCAUUCGAAAAAUGCCGAAAUUACAAUCAAUCAUAAUUUGAAAUUAUUAAACGCUUACCAAGCGGAUGUUAUAACUGAGGCCCACUUAUACAAACUAGCACUGCGAGAAAACUCCAAGCUUAAAGAGGAUUUACGAAAUGUUGAAAAAGAAUGGAAAAACAACAACAAAUACAUGGAUCGUACAGAAAAGGAAAUGUGUGUUAGCAAGCAAACCAUUGACAAUCUAACAAAUCGCAUCAAAUGGGCCAAAACCGCUUUAAUCGAAUGGCGCCAGGCCAUGGAAGAUGGCAGUAAGGGUUAUCAAUUGAUCGAAAUGUACUACAAAGACGAUCAACUGCGAGCCAAGCAGCAAAAUCAGAAGCGUGAGAAAUUAAAUGCCGAAAUCGAUAAAUGUCGCCAGAUAUUAAUUCGUUUAUAUGAUGAGCAGAAAACGCUGGAAUGCAAUCUGGAAUGUACAGCAAAUUUAUAUCGUACAGCUCAUGCCGAGAGACGAACCAUGAUAGAUACAUGGAAGUUGGCCGCCGCUCAGAUGUCCCAGCGAGAGAAAGACAUACGUAAUAGUGAGAUGGCUUUGAUUGAGUUGCGAAAUCAGGCGCAAAAGGCAGGCAAAGAUUAUAAGGCCACAGAUGAUAGACUAAAUGAAGUCAUUGAGAACAACAGGACAGUGGAAACAGCCAUUGAGUUACUUAAUAGCGAGACUUCCGAUAUGAAGGAGCAGAUGCAAAUGCUAAUAGAUUCGGUGGCUUUAAAAACCAAUGAGGUGGAACUCAUACAAAAAGAGUUACAAAAUCUCGCCAGUCGUGUCCAGCAACAACGUGCUGAAAAUCGCCGUUCCAGUAAAUCCAAAGAGGAUCGUCUCAUUGAAUUGGACAACAUGGAGAAGGUGGUGGCCAAGUUAGAAGAACGUCUGCGUUCUAUGGCCGACAAGAAUAUGAGUGCCCAACAAAGACUACAAGCCCUGGAAGACUUAAUGGAUGCUGAGGAUAGGGCGCAGAAAGCCGUAAAUAAGGAAACAGAUCGCAUAAAUGGUUUAAUUUAUCGCUCACAACUGCAAUUGGCCAAAUUUCGAGAGGAUGGUUUAGCACUCACAGUGGAUAAUCGAGGCAUCAUUGCAACCACAUCAGCAAUUGAGAAGAAUAUGGAACUCACCGAAAAAGAACUGAGAAAACAAACGGAAUGCAGUUAUGAACUGUCAUUCAAGAUUCUCCAAGUAGAACGGCGCAUUCUUCAUUUGCAAGGUAGUUGCAUAGAUCCCGAAGUUGAACAAAGAAAUCAAUUCUAUGUGACCGAAUUGGAGGAACGCUUGAGUAAACUGCAGAAAGUUGCUCACACGAUGCAGCAACAGAAUAAGAAACUUGAAGAUGAUAUGCGGAAGCUGACCAUUACCUACAACAAUGACAUGGACCAAUUGGAGGCGGUCAAUUUCAAAAUCAAAGAAGCUCAAGUCUAUUGCGAGGGUGGUGUUAAACGCGUCAAGGAGGAGACAAAACGCAAUCAGGAACUAAUUGUGGAGUUGAGCAUAUUGAAAAUGCGUGCCAAUGAAUUCGAGGAAGAAAUCACUAGAUGUGAAGAUAGUGCCUAUAAUCUGGCCAAGCAUCGCAUGCACUUGAACCGCACCAUCAAGGAUCGCAUGGUUGAGAUUAGAAGUCAAAUGGAAAUAUUGAAUUUGAAACGCAAACAUCAAAUGGAAGAGUUGAGUACUUUAAGGGCCGAUAUAGGCGAGCGUAAGAAACACAUAGAGGCGGUAAAAGCUCGUUUCGAAUUGACCUCCAAGCUGUUGGGUGUGAAUGACGAUGGUACCAUGGUCACAGCCACUCAAUUGAAAGUGGAGACAGCUCAGGAAAAGCAAAUGCUCUUGGAUGAAGGUAACGAACUAAACGAAGCUGUCUUAAAUGCCGAAAGGGAAAUAGAAGCUUUGCAGAAUACCUUGGCAUUACUUAAUAACAGCAAUGAUGCCUUCAGGAAACAAAUUCAAAAGGUUCAAGAUGGCGAGGAGGCAAGUGCCGAGUUGAAAUCCUUGCAAAUGAACUAUUGCGCCUCUUUAAAUAAAUUGAGAACGCUGCGCCAGGAACUGCAAGAGCAAGAGCUUAAGCUACAAGAAUCGGUCAAGCAAAGAGAUGAGUUGGAUAAACUAUUAUCACGAGAAGCAAAGAAACGAUGUGAUGAUGCCGAUUUUCUUUGCAAACUACAAAAGGAACUACAGGAUCAAGCCAAUAAACUGACACGUGCAGAUCGUGAACUAAAAACUGCUUUGAAGGCCUUAAAACAAAGAGCCAUAAGCGAAGAGUUCUUGAGAUUAUACAACAAGGACUUGGACCUUAGAGAUUUGGAGAAACGUAAUCUAGGUGUUCUCAAUCAACUGGGUGAGAUUGCCUACACGGAUUAUGUGUUGGGACCAAAAAUAGCUCGCCAUAUUUUGGAUCGUGGUCUGAAGAUGCCUCAUAUGCUGCAAAAGAGUCGCAGUUCAUUGUCUUAUCGCAGCGAUACAUCCUUUGAUAUGAUGUCCUACAGUUCGUCCAAAGAAAUAUUCACCUCACGUUCUUCGCAAUCGGAGACUUCAGAAAUCAAACAAACCUCUUCGGCCAGGUUGAGUGUGAUUUCAUUGGAACUUCCCAGCAAAAAGAAAUAAAAAUAAAUGUUUCGAAAAAAUGUUUAUUGGAGUCCACAAUCUUUAAAAUCAAAAAUCUUUAAUUUUAAAUGUC